AUGGGUUCGAUCAUGGGUUCAUCCUCGUUUGUCUCCUUUGAUCAUGGGUUCAUCCCUCGUUUGUCUCGUUUGGGUAAAGUGGUCCACGCAGAGACCACGGUGGCCCACGCGGUCCUCAGUGGGAUGCAGUAUUAUCACCAGGACUGGGUCCACGCCGCGGCCCACGUCCUGGUGCCUCCUCUGCGCCUCGAGCCCAACACCCCCCACGCCCUCAUGAGUCUGCUGGGGAAGACCAUCUCUGCAAGCUCCCAGGUGCAGGGCGGGGACUUCAACCUUUACGAGGGCCUGAGGUGUCAUGGCGUUCCCCUGGUGACCAUCAGCCGGGGGCGCCUGGUCUGUGAGAACGAGGUCUUCAUGUGCGCCGAGGGUUCUGGGAAAUACUGCCCUCAGCGCAUCUUCCCCGACUUCCUCUACAAGAAGAUGGUGCAGCGAGAAAAGAACCUGGUGUAUAAAGGGGUGGAGAGGGACCCGUACUGUGGAGACGUGGCUAAGAUCGCGGUCACGAUGAAGAAGGAGCUCGGUCUGGGUCCCAUCGAUGGAGAGUCUCCCAAAGGAGCCCGAGCGGCGCAUCAGGGGGUCCGGGACCUCCAUGAGUCCUCCUUCAGUCUCUCUGGAUCUCAAGUCGAUGACCACAUUCCCAAGAGGUCCUCCGCUCGGAUCCUGGCGCCCCCUGGUGGCCGCUCCAGUGGCAUUUGGUAA